AUGGUGCAUUAUACCCCUGCUGACAUGCCAGAACAGGUCUUCUCGAUCGAGUUCUGCAGCUGGCUCGGCGGUAUGAAGGGAGUCGUCAGCGACAACACGACCUUCAUGACCAUUGAAGACGUGGGAAAGUUCCUUGCCGUUCCGGUCAAUCUGAAGGACCAGGAUGCCUUCCACCUUACGAUCGAAGAGUAUUUGCAUGCUCUUAUCUCCCUUGUCGAGGAGCUAUCUCGACUCGCUGUCAAUUCAGUCACCCUUGGCGAUUGUACUCGACCUCUACAAAUCCAUACCUUUAUCUCUGACCUUCACGCAGGGUUCCAGCUCCUGAAUCUCAAGAAUGAUUCAUUGAGAAAGAGAAGUGACGGGAUCAAAUAUAACGUCAAAAAGGUCGAGGAUGUAGUGUAUGAUCUGUCUCUCCGAAACUUGAUUCCCAAGAAGGGGGACAGCGAGUAA